AAAUUAGUCAAAAAUAUAAGCCUUUCAAUUUCGUCUCUUAAUCAUUUGGUUGAUUGUUAACAAUACGAAUACCAGUAAACUUUUUCAUUCCAAAAGUGUCUUGACCAUCAAUCGGUUCUAUCGAAUAUUUGUUUUUCCUUUUAAACUUUUCGAAAGUUGAGAAAUCAAAUAGUUCCAACUCGAUAAUUCUGCCAAGUGCUACGAUAAUCAAUCGAUAUUUAAUCAAUCAUCAUGAUGACAAUUACUAGGAAUUACUUGUUGUGUUUAAGUGUCACACUUUUGUCGGUUUCUUUGGUUUCCUCUGCGGGCUCAUAUUCAUCUCAUAAGGAUGUCGACAAAGAUUUGGCCUCAGCUCCGUCCGCUUAUGCUAAACAGGUUAAACGGGACGAUCAGCCCAAAUUUUCAAUCGGCCUUGGCACCUUGUCCCCGUCUUAUACCCAGAAACUUGGACCCGAUGGUAAAACUCAAUUAGAUUUCAAUACCGAAAAUGGUUUCUCUUAUUCAAUCAGCAAUGUUAAUCACCAGAGUUUAACUCAAUCAGGAAGUGAAAACAAAGCUACUAAGGAUCCAGGCCACGAUCAAAACUUAAAGAAUCACAAUCUUGAUCCAUACAAUUAUUAUCAAAAUCCUGGAUCACCAAAUAUCAAUGUUUACCAUCAACAAGGUUACUCGGCUUAUCCUCAACAAGUUAACGCUUUAGCUCAAAUGUAUGGCGCUGGUUCACCCGCCGCUGCGGCUUAUAAUCAGGGCGCUGGUGGCCCUGGACUUUUACCCUUUGGAGGGGCUGGUCAAGCCGGAGGCCUUGGUCAAUACUAUGGUCCAAAUCAACAACAACAACAACAACAGCAACAACAGCAACAAGUUGGUUACCCUGUUGGUCAAUAUGGAGGAUCAGCCGGUGGUUUCUUUGGACCUGGUCAAGGAUUCACUCAAAACAUUUCACCCAAUCAAGGAUCAAUCUCACCAACCACCGCCGCUUCAUCAACCAAACCCGAAGCCAAAGAGGAUAAUAAAUCAAACGCUGAGGCAACAACCUCUUCACCCACUUCCGGUCAAUUGAAUACACUACCUGGAGGAAUCUUCAACUAUGGCUUCAGUCAAGCUCAUGGUUUACCUCAAGCUGGUCAAGUAAAUUAUCCCGUUAAUCAAAUGAGCCAAAUGAAUCAAAUGAAUCAAAUGAACUAUCCAGUUAACCCUUACUUUGGAGCCGCUGGUGGGCAAAUGGCUAAUCAGGGUAACAUCAAUGGUGUCACACAAACCGCCAUAAACCAUGGUCCUGGAGCCGGUGUUCCUGGAGCCAACCAAGCCGGUGGUAUGUACGGAUCACCUUAUGGUGGCUUCGGUAUGGAUCCUUACUCAAUGGCUGCCAUGUCCGGCUACGGUGGAGGACCAGGCGCUGAUGCCUACAGUGGCUACGGUGGUUAUGGUGCUGGUAACGGCUUAGGCGGCGGAUCGGGAAUGAUGGGCUCAGCCAGUUCCCCUUACGCUUCACUUUUCCCCUUCCUUUGAGGCGGAUUAACCUUACCACCCACCCACCACCCACAAACCCCUUGAUCAUCAUCAUCAUCCUUCAUCACUCUCGCCAUUGAUUUAACAAAUCAAUCAACUUAAUUGUUGUCAUUUCUUUUACAAUAAUUUUGUCUCAUGUGUACUUAAUCACAUUACCUUAAUUACUUUCUUUAAACUUUUUCUCCUACAAUUUAAAAUUAUUAUCAAUUCAUUGUCAUUAAUAAAGGGACUUUUUUUUUAAAUCAUCAACAAUUUAAUCAUCACCAUUAAUCACUUUGAUUGUCGUUUACUAAAUAAUAAUAAAUUGAUUACCUCAAAAAAUACAAAU